UCAUUAUUGGGAAUUCCGCACAUAGAAAGUCGGACAACAAAGGGAACUCUACAUUUUUACAAAGAAACACGGAAAUGAUCUGAUCAAUAAUUUUUUCGCAGUUUUUUUUCCAAUUGAAGCGACAGCUAUUCACUCUUGGAUAUGAGGCAGAGACCAAGAAAUUGAAAUUGUCUUUGUUUUGUGUGUUGAAACAAGAGAAAGAUUGAGUCGUCCGAGGCAAGCUGAGACUGAGAGUGUGAGAAGGCCAAGCCAAGGCGGAGUGACUGACUCACCAGAGAAUUAUUUGUUUACAUUAUUUUCUGAAAGUGUGUUGCUCUUUAGAUCUCUUUAUCCAUCAGUCAAGACUCGAAAUCAAGAACCAGUUAACCUCUAGAUCUAGAUGUCUCAAGUAGAAGUGCUUUCUAGGGGCUACGCUGCAAUAAUAGGCCAGUAGAUCGAAGUUGAAAUAGGACGAGGAGUGGCACUUCUUCUAGAAACUAGAAUCUAGAUUUGUAGUGGACAUUGUGACUAACUAAACUUCGACCAUUUCUUCUACCUGUGCCGAAGAGUUAAAGUUAUAAAUUGACUUGUUAGACUUGUCUCAGGACUCUAGACAAAAAAUCUAACUCAUACCUAGGUGUGGAUCAAGCAUUUCACAGUUCAGACUUAAAUUUAUUUCAUCAAGUUUCAUUGACUAGAUCUAGUAGUAGGAUUAGCCGGAGACGUGAAACUAGAUAUCUGCCUGAGGAAGCCAGUAGCUAUCAUCUUUGGUCUUCAGCAUUUACUCUUGAAAGAAUUAUAGCAAGAAGCAAGUUCAUGAUGAAUAAGCUACCAACAAUAAUGGAUCCGGCUGCAAAUGCAGUGUAUUGUAGCGUGAAUCUGGCCUUCAAAAUAUGCUUUUCCAUCAGUCUCUUGAUGAGUGGUUUGUCUGCAACUGAGACAGUUACAGAAGAUCUGAGCUUAUCAACGACUACGGUAAACACUACAACCGGAGACAUGGGAGAUGACAAAAGUACUGCCAACACAGCUGGUGUAGUGGCUGCAUCUGUAAUUGCUGUUCUGGCCUGCAUCAUUGUUGUCGUGAUUGUGUUUGUAAUCAAGAGGAGAAGGCAGUCCAGAAUGAUGGACAAGGAGAAGAAGAUGCAAAUCCAGAUGUCCUCUGCUCGGAAUGCCGGUGUAUACCAGGAUCUGACCGUCAGCGUUCCUGUAGAUGAAAAACCACCGGCCAGCCCGGAGCACGAGAGACUACAGUCAGCAGAAGAUGCUUGAGGAGCCUGACCAAAUCGUUUGUGGGGAGUAAGGCUGCUCCACAAGGAGUUAAUGUGUCGAUUCAGCGGAGCGCCAUUUUCAUCAUGUGUUUUAACUAUGAGGGAAAAGGGUCUUUUAAUGACCAAUCUAUGAUCAUUUGUGGAUUUUUUAAUAAACCUUUCAGUUGACUAAUCUUUAAAGAGUAAGUAAGAGUGUAACUAUUUGUAGAUGAAUGGUUUUACAAGAAGAACUUUUUGAUUCUUAUUUAGUUUCUUUUGAGUCUAACAUCUAGCCAUAGUUUUAAAGAAAAAAAGUUAUUGUUUUUUAAAACCCACUGGUGUGUCACAUUGGCAUUUGUUCUAAGCUCAACUGAAGCUGAAAUACAAAGAGAAUUUGGAUGCUUUUGUAAAUUUUUAUCCUUCUUUAAUUUUUUUUUUAAAAGAGAAGUUCUGUGAAAGGAUGCAAAGUUUUAAUACUCAAGUGGUAAAAGUCGUGUUUGACUAUGGGAAAAGGAAAUUCUAGUCCAAAUGAUCUUCUGAUUGAGAUCAUUUUCAUACUUCCAUUUUGUAUGAAAAUAUAAAUGACUACUGAGUGGUGGUGUUGUCAGUUUUUAUUCUCUUGUUGAAGUUCACUUUGAUAUGUGAAUGUUGUCAUUGUCCUAGUGUGUUCAUCAGUCGUGCUAUUGUAUGUCCAUGAAUUAUGUUGUCUUAUGUCCAUGAAGUAUGUUAUGUUGUGUCCAUGAAUUUUGCUGUCAUAUGAGAAAAAAUGUGUAUUUUUAUUAAAUGUGAGGUAGGCCCACACCUAUUAAAUUGUGAUCUUUAACUUAAUUGUUUCUAAUUCUGGAAAAAUGUACUUUGAAAUAAUGACAUCGGCUUGCCAUACUUUACCACUUUUCAGUGCUUUUAAAGAAGAAAUUGUUUUUAAAAAAUUCGUUUGCACAUAAUUGUUUUUCCUAGUGUGCGUGUGUGCUGUAAUUUUCACUCACAAGGUGCAUACUUAUUUGAACUGAAAAGUUUUUUGUCUUUGAUUUUAAAUGGAAAUUAAGGUUUUUGAAGAUUUUGUUCAAAAUUUCCAAAGACAAUUUUGGAGACUGCUGUAUCUCCUGGGCUGUGAAUCGUAUUGAACACCUGCUGUUUGCAUUGGUUAUUUCUGGUACAACAAAGGCAUUCACUUUUUUUUAUGUGCUCAGAUUAUUUGCCUUUGAAUCUAUUUACCAGGUUGGGAAUACAGAUUAUAAAAAUUUCAAUAUUUUUUUCGCAUGAAAAAGGUCUUCAAUUGAUUAACCUCACCAAUUUGUUAAAUGUUUAUCCUUUCUCAACUUUCUGGCCAGUUAGGGACUUAUGUCUCAGCUUUUAGAUUUUUUUGUUCACCAUGGCAUUUGCUAGUAUAGUCAUAACAACUGAAAAGUAUGUUAUUGUGUUGUCAUAAAAUUACAUAUUUGGAAGGUAUCAGCUGGAGUCAGCCUAGAUAUUUUGUCAGAAUGAUUUGUUGUUUUGUGAAGGUCCUCUCUCCAAUGUGAGCCUCAUUUUUGUAAGGAAACUUGUCGGAGAGAUUUCAAAGACACAUAGUCCACUCUGUACAAGUUUGAAUUCAGAAAGGCUUUCUCUCCCCCACCCAAAACAGGUCUAUAAAUUUGUUUUAACAGUGUGUAUAAAGGAAUGGCAUUUGUAGUAUUUGUGUUCAUUAUGUAUGUUGUUAGAGUAUGUUUGAGUCUCUGCUUUUCCCCCCACCAAGAUCUGUUUCUCUAAAUGGAAGAUCUCGGUCCUGGGUGUAUGAUCCGUUUUCAGAGCAAUGUCACAAAAAGUGCCUCACGUCUCUGGGGAGAAAGAUUUGUGUACAGCCAUGACAAUGUUGGAUUCUCUACACUCACAGACUCUCUCUUCUCAUACUCUACAGUCUACACACAUAUCACCUGUUUCUAGAUUUCUGAAUACUUGGAAAGAGAGAGUGUGGACACUUGGGAUAGAUACAUUAUGAUGUUACAGUAUGAUCCCACAAUGUGAUCUUUAAAGUGUUUGUAUUUUGAUAAGUGUAUAUAUAUAUAUAUAUAUAUACGUCAUUACAUAUGUCAUAAAUAUAAUUUAUUGACAGUUUUUGAAGAAAAGAUCUAAAAACCCUCUUUGGUAAGAUUGUUGUUAAGUUCAAUAGGUCAAGAGUAAGGGUUAAGUUCAGUAGCUGUAGGCAGGGUUAGGGUCAACAGGUGUAGAAAAUGUUGUAAUGGUUUAUUGUAACAGGAGAGAUUGCUUGAGCUGGCAUCAUCAUGAAUUCAGCCUAUGGAUGUGCUGCCAGUGAGGAAAGAAAGAACCAAGUAUUUUUUUUUCCUUUGGUUAAAAUAUUUAUUUAAUUCAUUAUUAUCUCAUAAUUUUUUAAUUUAGCACCGGUAUUCCUGAAUUUUUUGUUUUGAAUGUUAAAGUCCUUUGCUGACCGCAAGGAAUCAAAAUCUGUCAAAAGUUUAAAAAAAGAAAAGUCAGAAAAGAAAUUGUUUUAUUGGCAACAGUUAUGGAUCUUCAUGUCUGUGGAUGUUACUCAAAAUAAUUUGGUUGCCACGUUGGAUUCUGUGAAGCUCCUGUGACCUCUCAUAGUAAAAUAAAACACACAAGAAGUUUCAGUACAUAA